AUGAAACAUGAGCAAAGUCAACUACUUUUUCUUGCAAAUUUUUCUGGGUUUUCUGGAGUUUUGGUUCAACUUUUGCAUCAAAUUUUAACAGAUAACAUGAUCGGGAAAGGGGGGCAUGCAGAAGUAUACAAAGGAUGCUUAUCUGACGGUGAAAUCGUUGCUGUGAAAAGGAUAACCAAGAAAGAGAAGAAUGAUGAGGAUAGAGUUGGUGACUUCUUGUCUGAGCUGGGGAUUAUUGCUCAUAUCAACCACCCAAAUGCUGCUAAAUUGGUUGGGUUCAGUGCUGAUAAUGGUUUGCACCUUGUCCUCCAAUUUCUGCCCCAUGGAAGCCUUUCUUCUUUACUGCAUGGUGAUGUGUCCAUUUCCUUGAUCUUUUUCUCUCUCUCUAUAUGUCACAAAGUCUCUGUUUAGGCCUCCUGUGAAGCAUACUCAAUCGAGGCAAUGAAAUGCAAUUAGUCAUAUUGACACAGGGAGAACCACUUCUUCAAUUUCUUUCAAUAGUAGAUCACUUGUCAUGAACUUAAUUGGAACCCAAUUACGUAAGUGGGUUCCUCAUAAAGAUAUAGUCGGUGAUCUAUCAUUGAUUGAAACUGAUGGAAAUUGUAAUUGAGGUGAUUUGGUUCGUUCUAUGAAUGUGCCACUUCACAUAAAAAGACUAGCACAUUUCUUCUUACACUUUGACCCCUCGAUUAUGGCUCCGAUUUUAUUUCUCCAUCUAAACUAACAUAGUUUUCACCUUAUCCACUCGACUAUUUGAAUUCAUGCACAUUGCCCCUAAUCCAAACGCUCAUUAUGUCUUGGACAAAAAAAAAUUCACAUAUGUGAAACCAAUCAUCUAAUUUUCCCAACUAUGAAUGUACCCGUUUUAUUGUAAGAAGCAGAGCAUAUUCAAAAGCAUGAAAUUCAUUUUACUUCGACUGAUGAAGAGAGACUCGGUAUUUCAGGUUCAACAAAGAAUCUAGAAUGGAACAUAAGGUUCAGGGUGG